AUGGGUGGGCUUUGCUCGAGGAGUUCCUCUGUAAAUAACGCUCCUGGUGGAACCUUUCCACAUGUUAAUGGUCAUCUCAAUAAUGGGUCUGAGGUGAAUUCCCAUUCCGGUGAACAAGGACCUAAAGAUGGUGAUCUUUCUCCGGUGAGGGAGAAUGUGGACAAUAAGCCAUCAUCAGAAUCGUUUUCGUUUCCCAAUCUGAACAAUGCCCCUGGUGGAUCUCAUCCUCAGAAUAUCGAGGACGGGAUUCCCCGGUUAUCGAGGAUUUUAUCUCAGAAAUCAAGAUCCACUAAGUCUAGGCAAGCUGCUGUGGCCAAGGUUUCAGAAGUAAGCUCUCUUUUGGGAAGAGCUGGCACUAUGGGACUUGGUAAAGCUGUGGACGUGUUGGACACACUCGGGAGUAGCAUGACGAAUCUGAACCUUAGUGGGGGAUUUUCUUCUGCGACGACAACAAAAGGGAAUAAGAUCUCAAUCUUGUCUUUUGAAGUCGCUAACACAAUCGUUAAAGGCGCCAAUCUUAUGCAUUCUCUUUCAAAAGAUAGCAUCACACAUUUAAAAGAGGCAGUGUUACCUUCAGAAGGUGUACAAAACCUAAUAUCGAAAGACAUGGAUGAACUGUUGAGAAUAGCUGCUGCAGAUAAAAGGGAAGAGUUGAAGAUUUUUUCUGGAGAAGUGGUGCGUUUUGGGAAUCGUUGCAAGGAUCCUCAAUACCACAACCUGGAUCGCUUCUUUGAUAGGUUGGGCUCUGAAUUUACACCCCAGAAACAUUUGAAACAGGAAGCAGAAACCAUAAUGCACCAGCUGAUGACGUUUGUUCAUUUUACAGCUGACUUGUAUCAUGAACUCCAUGCACUGGAUAGAUUUGAACAAGAUUACCAACGUAAGAUCCAGGAAGAAGAGAACCCAAGCACAGUACAACGAGGUGUGGGAGAUACCCUUGCUAUCUUGAGAACUGAAUUAAAGAGUCAGAAGAAGCAUGUAAGAAACUUAAAGAAAAAAUCUCUUUGGUCUAGGAUCUUGGAAGAGGUUAUGGAGAAACUCGUAGACGUUGUUCAUUUCUUGCAUUUAGAGAUUCAUGAAGCCUUUGGUGGUGCGGAUCCUGAUAAGCCUGCAAAUGACCUGCCAAUGAAUCAUAAAAAAUUGGGCUCUGCUGGUCUUGCCUUGCACUAUGCAAACAUCAUUACUCAAAUUGAUACUCUUGUGUCCCGGUCUAGCACUAUGCCUGCAAGCACAAGAGAUGCUUUAUACCAAGGUUUACCCCCAAGUAUAAAAUCUGCUUUACGCUCCAAAAUACAGGCCUUCCAGGUUAAGGAAGAGCUCACUGUACCUCAAAUAAAAGCCGAAAUGGAAAAAACGUUGCAGUGGCUUGUUCCUGUUGCUACAAACACAACCAAGGCGCAUCACGGGUUUGGAUGGGUUGGAGAAUGGGCAAGUUCCGGGUCAGAUUCGAACCAGAGACCUGCAGGUCAGACCAUACUAAGGAUAGAUACACUUCACCAUGCAGAUAAAGAAAAAACUGAGGGUUACAUAUUAGACCUGGUGGUAUGGCUUCAUCAUCUCGUUACCCAAGUCAGGGCCACUACCGGUUUUGGCCUAAGAUCUCCGGUUAAGUCUCCAAUCAGAUCACCUAACCAGAAAACGAUCCAACUCUCCAGUGGUUCACACAACCAAAGUCUGGGAUCUCCAUUGCUGACUAUGGAGGAUCAAGAGAUGCUUAGAGACGUGAGCAAGAGGAGAAAAACGCCAGGAAUAAGCAAGAGCCAAGAGUUUGCCACGGUGCGGCUUUGUAAGCACCACAGGCUGAGCAAAAGCAGUAGCCACUCGCCGAUGAUGGGCGAGAUGAUGAAGAGUAGUAAGAAGGAAACUUUCUCAAACAGAAGUCCUUUUUCUGUUCCCAUCAUCGAUUUUGACAUUGAUCGCAUGAAAGCCCUCGAUGUGAUUGAUCGUGUGGACACCAUCCGGAGCUUGUAA